AUGGCGCCUGCAAACCCCCUAGACUAUAUCGCCAUCCAGAACACAAUUUCUCGCUACUGCAUCGCACUAGAUACGCAGGAUUGGGAUCUGCUUAAAGAGAUUUUCACUACAGAUGUCUACGCCUCCUACCCGUUCCGAGACCCAAUGAAAGGGGUGCAGACCUUGGUUGAUGCCAUCAAGAGGAGAUUGAGUCCUAUAACAUCGCAGCACGCUCUGACUACUCAAAUGCUUGAGAUUGCGGAAGAGGGAAAGAGUGCCAAGGCUACUACGUAUUUCACGGGCAUCCACUUCGGUAAGGGAAAGUGGCAAGGGAAGGAGGUGACGGCUUGGGGAAAAUACGUGGAUGACUUGGUCGUGGUCGAUGGAAAUCCUGGAGUGCCGGGUGCGAGUGGGAAGUGGCUAAUCUCCAGACGAGAUGUUGUUUUCAUGGGACGCCUGGGUGAAGAGGGAGUCAUGCAGGGAUCAUGA